AUGCUUUUUAUCAGAUUCAAAUCCACGGCUCCCAAAUAUGGCUGGAAAGAGUCUUUGAAACUCUGGUUCAAUCACGUGAGCAACCCGCACGCGGACAGGGCAGCCCACGACAAGCUGAUGAGCAUGGCAUUGCCCUACUACGACCGCGAAAUCGAGGGAAUUCGGGCUUCUACGGUAUCGACCCCGCUGAGCAGGAAAAUGGCCAUUUCCGAGGUGCGCGUCCAGAAUGCAGACUCGAAGAACCACGUGGUUAUGUUGCAUGGCUAUGCUGCGUCGUCCGGGUGGUGGUUCAAAAAUAUCGGCUUCCUCGCAAAGGCAGGAGAUACAACCGUGCAUGCAUUGGAUCUUCCUGGUUUUGGGCUUUCCAGCCGCCACGGACCGUCCUUGCCAGAUAACAAAACGAGGCUUCAAAUCAUCUUUGACGACUCAAAGGUCCAGCAUAUGAAACAUUUGCAUAGAUCGUUGUAUGUUCCAGACAAUUUCACUCUUAAAGAAAGAAACCUAAAAAAGUAUUUGAAAAACCAGCACUCUGUGGUCGAACAUGUGGUGAACUUUUAUGUGGAUGCAAUAGAAGAAUGGAGACGCAAAAAUAGCAUAGACCAGUUCGAUCUCGUGGCUCACUCCCUAGGUGGCUACCUUGGAGUUUUCUACUGCAUCAAGUACCCAGAGGCCGUACGAAGGCUGGUUUUAGCUAGCCCUGGAGGCGUCGAAAGAUCACCGUUCGCCAUAACCAACCCGGCCUACAGGAAUAUCAAUGGCGACAUUACGAUGGCGUGCUCAUACUCGCCAGCAGAUUACUCCUUUUUAGGCCGCUACCCCUCCAUCAAGCCUGGAUUCCAGGCCUUGUGGUAUAUGAGAAUGCCUACGUUUUUGCCGGUGAGGCUGCUGGGUCCUGUGGCUGUGCGGCUUUUAAUGAGCCGGAACAUCGAGAAAUUUACGAGAUCGAAAGAUUUCUCCGACGCGGCAGAACUAGACGCGUUUGCCAAGUACGUCUACCACACAAAUGUGGCGGCGUCGGUGUCAGAGACAGCCAUCAUGCGCAUUUUCGACUCCAGCACCAUGGCCAAAAUACCCAUAUUGGACAAGCUGGAAAAUCUGAAAGCAAGAAGUCUGUGGAUCUAUGGCCAGUACGAUUUUAUGUUUUCGGACGCUGGUCGUGCUGCUGUCAAUUCAUUGAAUAAGAUGCAGGGGACCUCGGCCGAAUUAAAAAUCGUUAAUGGUGGAGGUCACAAUAUGUAUCUCGAUAACCCUGCUGAGUUCAAUAGGCUGGUGGUGGAAUUUCUAAAGUGA